CACACACUGUCUGAUGUUCUGGAACCAAAAGUGCUGGAUAAAUGUUCGAAUCAGAGGAUCAUCUGAUCUCUGUGAUCAACCAGAUCAAGGUGGAUCUGAGACUCUGCACUCUGACUCUGGUUUCAGUCCGUUUGGUUCAUGGCCUUCAUGUGGGAGAGACAGGAAGUGGGGUGGUCUCCUCAGCAGCCAAUGACAGAACAGGGUUGGUGAUAUCAAACCGAAGGACCAAUCAGAGUGAGCGGGGAGGUCCAGAGUUGGGUCCAGUCUCUGCAGAACAGAUCAGACGGUCCAACUGAAGUAUUUAUGCAGCUUGCAGGAUACUGAGCAUUUCCUGUGAAGUACGCAGUCUGGUUCCGGUACCAUGAACUCUGAGGCUCCGCCUGCGCUCUCUCUCGUCUCUGUGUCGUCUCUGCUGGGCUGUGGCCUCCAGCUGGUGGUGGCUGCUCUCCUCACACACAGGUAUGGUGGGCGGAGCUCCAAGACGGACUGGUGGAUCCUGCUGUGGCUGUUCUAUGAUGUCAUCGUCCACCUGACCCUGGAGGGUCCGUUUGUUUACAUGUCUCUGGUUGGGACAGUGGAGACAUCUGAAGGUCCUCUGGCUGAGCUCUGGAAGGAGUACGGUAAAGCAGACAGUCGCUGGUUGGUUUCUGACCCAAAACAUGUGUCCUUGGAGAUUCUGACGGUGGUCCUGGACUCUCUGCUGGCUCUGCUGCUGAUACAUGCAGUACUCAAUGACAAGUACUACAGACACUUCCUGCAGAUCACUCUGAGCGUGUGCGAGCUGUACGGCGGCUGGAUGACCUUCUGUCCUGAUUGGCUGCUGGGCAGUCCUCACCUGGACACGUCCAACCCGCUCUACCUAUGGGUCUACCUGGUCUUCUUUAAUGGACUCUGGGUCCUGAUCCCGGUUCUGCUCCUGGUCCAGUCCUGGUUGUGUCUCCAGAGUCUUCAUGCAGUCAAAGGAGACAGAACGACGGCCCAGAAGAAGAAGAAGCUGUAGACGCCGUCAGCAGCGAUGGUCAGAAGUCUGUCACUGUUUGAGCUCAUCGUUUUCUCAGACUGGUCACAGAAAUGAUUUUGUAGCAGGAAGGAACAAAUCAGACCGCUGGAUCAUCACU